CUCUAAUAGAACCGGUAAGUGUGGAAUUGGUGUGUAAAAAACAGGUAUUUUUUGCAUACUUGUGGAAAAAAGAGUCAUAAAUAUAUGUAAACAAACACACCCUCUCGCCGAUCCAUAGUACCCCAAGCCGCAUUUCCCAUCAUGAGUAAAUAUACAGCCAAAUAUUUAGAGGAAAAACUUGCCAAAGAACUCGAUGCCCAAUAUGUCCAGGCGGUUGAUGAAUCCGAUGGCUGUGGUGGAAAAUUCAGUGUUGUCAUUGUAUCCGACAAAUUCAAAGGCCUAAAAAUGUUGCAAAAACAUCGAAUGGUUAAUUCCGUACUGGCAGAAGAAUUGAAAGAAAUCCAUGCUUUUUCUCAAAAGUCAUAUACGCCAGAAGAGUGGGAGAAAGUGCAGCAAGAGAAACAAUAAAAGCUAACCGCAAAGAGAGACAACGAGAGAUGAGGUUCGAAAAUUGUCAAUGGUCGUCACAGAGAGUAAAGUUAUAUCGAUAUUGUUUGGCUCUGAACCAGUUGUUUAUGAACAGACCAGACGUAACGAACCGUUGUUAAAGUAAGAAAAAAUAAGACAAAAUAUAAUAGAAAUAAAGUGAAAUAAUAAAAAAAACGAGACUGCAUCCGUAACAGGCAAAAA